GCAGCCGUUGAUCACAAGAACCCGCGACACUUGAUUUUGGGAAGUGGCACAUGAUUUGCGAUUUGGAUGAGAAACAGCGCGAAAGCAAAAUAUACUGAAGCCCUAAAAGCAUCUGUAGCAGUAAGCAACCUGGUGCUGGUGCUGGUGCUGGUGGGUGCUAGGUGAAUCAACUUUUCCCUUAGUGCUGGUCGCCGACGAACUCUUCUCCUCAGCCAGCGUCCAGCCCCGCCGUCGCCGAUUCUCUUCUCCUGGAUCCCUUCACCUCGCGUCUCCAGGUCUGCUCGGAGCUGCUGUUGGCGUCGCCGCCUCUGCCCGAGCUCACUUUCCUUCCUCCUUCGCCGUCACUUCUCUUCCUCCCUCACCGCCGUAAGCAAAGCUGCUUCAAUUUAGAGUGAAAUUCACAUGGAUAGUAGCGAAAGCCCAACCGAAACAAAGAAAACCAAGUCCAAGACACCUCGAAAAAACAAAGAAACCGUUCUCAAGCAAAAAUCUCCCGCGGAGUUCUUUGCUGAGAACAAGAACAUUGCAGGAUUUGAUAAUCCGGGAAAAUCUCUUUAUACUACUGUUAGAGAGCUUGUGGAGAAUUCGCUUGACUCAGCGGAAUCCAUAUCGGAGCUUCCGGUGGUUGAGAUAACCAUUGAGGAGAUAAAGAAAAGCAAAUUUAAUUCUAUGAUCGGUCUCAUUGACUGCGAGCGUGUUGAUGCGGAGUUGUACGAUGAUUAUGAAACUGAGAAGGCCCGUGAGAAACGGUUGGCGAAAGAGGCCCGUGCUCAAGAAAUACAAGCAAAGAAUGCUGCCCUUGGAAAGAAAGUGAAAGAGACUCCAGCUUCAAAGGGUAUCAGGGGCCGAGGCGAGGCUUCAUUUUACAGAGUUAUAUGCAAGGACAAUGGAAAAGGAAUGCCACAUGAUGACAUCCCGAAUAUGUUUGGCCGAGUUCUCUCUGGGACAAAAUAUGGCUUGAAACAGACACGGGGGAAGUUUGGUCUUGGAGCAAAGAUGGCAUUAAUAUGGUCCAAAAUGAGCACUGGGCUUCCAAUUGAGAUCUCUUCAUCAAUGAGAAACCAAAGUUAUAUGUCAUUUUGCAGGCUGGAUAUUGACAUUCAUAAGAAUAUUCCACAUGUACAUGUAAAUGAAAAACGAGAGAACAAGGAGCGCUGGCAUGGGGCUGAAAUUCAAGUUGUCAUUGAGGGGAACUGGACAACAUACCGUUCAAAAAUAUUACAUUACAUGAGACAAAUGGCUGUCAUCACCCCUUAUGCACAAUUUCUAUUUAAAUUUGUUUCAGAUGCUCCUGAAAAGAAUGUCACUAUAAGGUUUUCUCGAAGAACAGAUGUGAUGCCUCCUGUUCCCCUGGAGACAAAGCAUCAUCCAUCGUCAGUUGAUUUGCUGCUAAUUAAACGCCUUAUUGCUGAAACUUCGAAGCAGAACCUUUUGCAAUUUCUUCAACAUGAAUUUGUAAAUAUUAGUAAAUCUCAUGCUGAAAGAUUGAUAGGUGAAAUGGGUCCAGACUUCAGCCCAAAAAUGGCUCUUAAGUCUCUAACUCCACAGCAACUAGUACGCAUUCAUCAGUUAUUUCGUCAAGCCAAGUUUGAUGAUCCUAACGGCCAUUGUCUUAGCCCUGCUGGUGAGUACAAUCUCCGGCUAGGAAUAAUAAAAGAGCUACACCCAGACAUGGUUGCAACUUAUUCAGGCAGUGCUCAGGUUUUUGAAGGCCACCCAUUCAUAGUUGAAGCUGGAGUCAGUAUCGGUGGAAAAAAUGUCAAGCAAGGUUUGAAUAUAUUUCGAUUUGCAAAUAGAAUUCCACUACUUUUUGAGCAAGGAGCUGAUGUUGUCACCAGGACUGCACUGAAGCGAAUCAAUUGGAGUAGUUACAAAAUCAACCAGCUACAAGACAAGAUUGGCAUCUUUGUUAGCAUUGUGAGCACAAAAAUUCCCUUCAAAGGGACUGGAAAAGAAUACAUUGGAGAUGACAUAACUGAGAUUGCUUCUGCUGUAAAGUAUUCCAUUCAGCAGUGUUGCGUUCAAUUGAAAUCCAAGAUUGUGAAAAAGAUGCAGGCACGUGAGCAGCAGGAGAGGAAACGGAAUUUAAGCAAGUACAUUCCUGAUGCUACUGGGGCAGUAUACAAUGUUUUGAAAGACAUGGCAGAGACACAGUUACAUGCAUCAAAGAAGUUCCGCUAUGGAGAUGAUGAUGGAGAACUAUUAAGAAAAGUAUAUGAGAAUUUGAUUACUAAAGAAACGCUCAGUGAAAAACUUGCUAAACAUGUUGAACAGGUGGAUUAUGAAAUGGCGUUGGAGUAUGCCACGCAGAGUGGAGUGAGCGAGGAACCAAGAGAAACAAUAUAUAUAAAACCAUUGGAAACUGAAAAUAAGAUUAUUGAUUUACAUUCUCCAUUCUUUGUUUUUAGAAUGUUUCAUUAGAUCUAGAAAAUCAUUAGACAUAUUACACGAAGAAAAAAUUGUUGUAUCUAUUGUUUUCAUUUGUAACUUGUAACUUGUAACUUGUAAGAAAGAGUAAUAAGAAUCAUAAUACAGUGGAUUCUAAAUUAUGGUUACAUUAAUGUCUAUAAUAUGACAUUUCUGGAAA